AUGGAUCCAAACAACUUAGAUCCGAAUGAAAUAUACAUAGAUGUGGAUGAAGAUAUUGAAACAUUCGAGCUACAUGAUUACAGUGAUUUUUUCACAAUUUCGACUGCAUUUGAUAGUAAAGAUGCACUAGUCGAGUGGGCGAUGAAUAUGGCCAUCAGUCAAGGACAUGAGAUUAUGCGACAAUCUUACCACGAGGGCCGACAAUAUUUGACUUGUAAAAGAGCCUAUAAGAGACGAGGAAAAAAUGCAGAGAUCAAAACAAGCCGGAAGUUCGGUUCAAUAAAGUGUAAAUGCCCUUUUGCGCUAUGGGGUAAAGAGGGUCGUGAUGGAUUAUGGCGCCUUACCAUCAAAGAUGGCAAUUACAAUCAUUUUCCUCAUAAAUAUCCACAAGGACUACGUUCGCUGAGUCGCCUGAGUGAAGAGCAACGAGAAGUGACAAAUAUACUGAAAAAGAGCCAUGUGAAGCCGAAGGAAAUUUUGCAUCAUCUGAGACAGAUGAAUCCGGAUACGGCUGCGGCCUUGAGAGAUGUGUACAAUGAAUCACAUAAAAUUAGACGAGAGGAAAUGAAAGGAAAAACAGUUAUACAACAUCUGUGGCACGAACUAAGUGAGAGUGGAUACAACAAAUGA